AGAAACCGCAACGGAGGUGUCAGCUUCGUUUGUCAUUAAUUCCCAAUAAUACCGGAAAUAGCGUUGUUGUUACUAAUACCGACGUUCUUUGUACUCUGGACCGUAUUUAGUGAUAUUGAUAUACAGGAAAGAUGAAGGUUUUGAAUUUUAUGGAUUACUUGAACGCAUACAAACAAACAAUGAAGCUAGUACCUGGACACCUUCCCCCCAUUCCGACAAGUACGACGAUGGAGCGUCUUCCACUGCCGUUGCCUUUCAAUGCUGAUCUUCUGUGGAGAUAUCCACUGGGUUUCCCAUCUAUCUCACACCAAAAUCCCCCUUCGUCUCCCUUGUUGGACUACAAAAGUCAGUUACCAUCGUCUUUACCGUCAGAUCCCAGAGUGUGGAACAGAGAAGACGUCACCACUUUCCUACAGUGGGCCGAGAGAGAAUUCGACAUCCAACCUAUAGAUCACGAUAUGUUCCAAAUGAAUGGUAAAGCUAUGUGCCUUCUAACAAGGACCGAUCUAGCAGAAAGAGCACCUGGAUCCGGCGAUGUCUUACACAACGUGCUACAAAUAUUAGUUAGAGAAGCCAACAAUCUUCAAAGGAUCCUCCCCAGCAGUCCAGUAACACCAACCUCCAGACACCCUUAUCCAUUAUCUCCUCAUUCACAUCCUCCAACGCCCAACUGGAGCAUGUUAUCACAGAACAACGAAUCAAUGCACUCCUCUCACGCAGCUUUGGCUGCUCAUCUCAUGGCACAAAGCAAUUCGGUAACUCUUAGUCCAGCCCCUUCGGUAGAUAGUCAGGCCAGUAGCCCUCAGCACGCGGAUAACCAAGUAUUCAGUCACUCAAUAUUUAAUGUAAACGGGAGCAACGGAAGCGGUUCGAAUCCUUCAGACUCCGACGAAGACGCUGUAGAUAAAAAGGGUUACAGUGGUAGUGGUAGCCCGCCCAAUACACCUAACGCUUACUCUUUCAUGACGCAGAUGCCAUAUUUUCCUCCUAGGAGUCCAAAGGAACCUGUUUCCAGUCCGGCAGCCUUCAAGAACACCGGAAGGGAAUUCUUCCCUAAUGAUCCUUCUGAACCAAACACAAAUGGAAGGCUUCUAUGGGAUUUCCUUCAACAACUAUUAAACGAUCCAGCUCAAAGAUACACGAGUUAUAUCUCGUGGAAGAACCGAGAAACGGGAGUUUUUAAAAUUGUGGAUCCUUCGGGACUUGCAAAAUUGUGGGGAAUCCAGAAGAACCACCUUUCAAUGAACUACGACAAGAUGUCUAGAGCUUUAAGAUAUUAUUAUAGAGUCAAUAUUUUAAGGAAAGUCCAGGGAGAAAGGCAUUGUUACCAAUUUCUUAGGAACCCAACCGAACUGAAAAACAUCAAAAACAUAUCCCUGCUUAGACAACAAAUGUCUCCAACGAACGCUACCGCCAAACCACCUCAAGCCACCCAGAUUCCACAACUAACCACCACGAAAGACUUUCCUGGAUCUAUAAUCAAGUCAGAACCCGUGGACACCUCCGAACAAGAGAUGCCUCAAUCAAGACCUGCGGUGGAUUACGAUGAGAAACCGACGGAUCUAAGUAUGGAAGGUCCUACCGACCUCAGUAGUAAUACGAGACAUAUCAAUAUAGUGUGUUCGCCAGACCCUCCAAUUUCGGGACCUCAUCACUAGCGACUAACUUAAUUUUUAAUAGAACUGUGCAUUAUGUAGCUAAAUAUCUGGUGCCAAUAACAAAAGACUUACAAUAAUUAUGUGCAAAUACUGUUUAAGUUAUGUUAAACAGAUGGCGUAAUGAGUCUCAAAGUGGGAUAUCCAUAUAAACACAACGAUCUUGAAAUUGCAUUUUUGAUACAUUGCUUAUAUUUAUAUUUAUUAUAAUCUAGAAUGCGGGACUUGUAGAUUGUUUGUUUCUUAGCGCAGUUUUACCCUGGCCUAAUUAUUCGGAAUUAUUAUUAGUUUUUUUUGCGACGGAACAAACUAAUAGAAUAAGUCUUUUUAUUUUCCCCCUCUCUCGCUAAUAUGAUUAUUUCUAGGAGUAUUUAACAUGCUUCACCACAAUGUGGUUUUUUCAAAUCUUGAGGUUUAGUUAGUGUCUCAACCUAUCACGAAGUCAGAUUGUAGUGAAGCAGUUUAUAUAAAAAAAAGUUUCCAUCAGAAAAAGUUCUCCUCAAUUCUUUAUCUUAUCAAGUGUUAUCUUGUAUUUCGUUGAAACCGAGAUUUUAACAAGCAUUAAGUUGGAUAUACAUAUCUUGGAACGAUAUAUCCUAAUGUUUUUAGCAAAUUUAGUGAUAGUAGAAUAAAUAAUUAUUUUUUAAAUUGAGUUAUUUAUAGCUUUAAGGGAGUCUGUCCUUUCAGAUUCCUUCUCGUAUACGUACUUUUGAAUUUUGGUGUCUUUUCAGACAUAACCUAACCUCAAAAUGCAAUUUUUUAGAGCUAAACAGAUCAACUUUGAACUUUUUACCUCAUCUUUGGAACUCUACUCUGUAAAUAGAUCUUAGCUAUAAGUUUGUAGAGCAGUGCAAUUCGUAUUGUUUCGGGGAUCUCUUAUACCUCGGCGGACAUUUCGUAGCGGGGAUCAGGAAGCUGCUCCGACGGUUAAGAGUCCUCAUGUUAAUUACAGCGAUAUAUGUGCCAAAAGUUUAAUUUAUUUUCUUUGGACACAAGAAAUUUUACUUUGUUGAUAGAUGGAUAUUUUUAUUACUUGAAAACUUAUGUUUUACGCUGAGAAAUAUGUCUACAUUUUUUUUAUUUUAUUACAAUUAUUUUGGUGACUGAGUAGAAUUGAAAAUGUUUAAUCAACUAUCUUAAAUAACCAGGCAACAAUGUUUCUAAUACGUAUUUCUUUAUAUAACCAAACAUGUGACAAUUUGAAUAAUCUCUGAACAAACUUACUAAUUUUAUUGUUAACCUUUUUACCUUUCAAUGUGCAAUAUUUAGACAAAGAUUUGUGUUAACGACAAUAUAUUUUAUGUUUCAUCUUUUCUUUUGUUGAUAAUUAUCUACAGUGUGAUAAAUAUUGUAUUUAUUAAUGUAUGACUUAAUUGAUGACUAUUCUAAAUGUAACCGCUUUUGUGAUUCAUUAUUCAGGAUUGCUGUCGAAAUGCACUAUAUACUAACAUAAGUUACAUAAGAAUGUGGAGUUUAAAAUAUUUCUAAACAAACUUUCUACUAUAAAAUCAUUUAUUCAAAUCGAGUGUCUAAAGAAUUCUAUGUGAUUUAUAGCGCAGAAAAAAGGAUAAAUAUGACACGUCAAAGCAGUGGCGUUUCAAGUUUUUUUUUUGAAAAAUCGUUUUAUUGUGUAAAAUAUUAAACUGACGUUAAAUUGCAGUUUUAAUGAAUAUUAACUAAAAACUUAUCGAUUUUAUUUUCUUUAAGUGGCUUCUAAUGUAAAAAGAAGGUAACAAGUUAAUUAUUGAUGCCAUUGUCCUAAAACAGGUGAACGGAGCUUCAUUUAAACCAUUUUUUCUACUUCUCUUUUAGAUUAUUAUUUAAAGCAAUUUAAAACCUUGGCUUCUCAUAACAUGUCUUCUUUUUCUUGAUGUUCCUAUCCAUUACGAAUGUUGGCGAUCAUCAUGGCAAUCUUUAUCUUCUCUGCAACAACGCGGAAAAGCUGAACCAUAUUCUGAGGUUAUUUAACCAAGAUGUUCUUCUACCUGGACCUCGCUUUUCAAAUAUUUUUCUUUGCAGACUUGUAGCUUUCUAACAUUUAAAACAAUGUUUUAUUUAUUUACUAAUUUAUUACAAUUCAAUAGACUAUUUUUAUACCAAUUUUUGGGUCUUACCUUGUCUGCUUAAAUAGUUUAUUCAUUUUGAAAAACCACAGACAUGUAAUAUUGGCAUAAUUACUGUAAUUUAUAUCAUUUAUCUUUGUUUAUCUUUAUAAGACAACACCCUAAUAUGGGUUUUAUUAUUUCAGCGUUUAAUUAACUUCGUAUCGAGACCUGAAGAUGCUUUGCAUAUUGUAGAAAGCAAAACCUGAAUCUUGGCGUGCUGCAUCAAACACUCUCUCGUAAUCAACCAGACAUGCGUAUACAUCGCAGUUGACGUCUCUGCAUCUCUGGAAUAAGACUGACAUGUCUUAGAUUUAUAAUUGUCUAGAAGAAAUGGUAUCAACAGUCCUUUUUCUUUUUUACAUUCGUGGUAUCAUCAGCCCAGCUGAUUCCCAGUAUUUUCUGUGGCUUCCUUCAGUGUUUGCGGCUUUUGUUUUGCUCAUCGAGGAUUUCUAGACUACUAAUAAAACCUGGAUAUUUACUCGUGUUUUUAAUAUUCACAGGUUGAUAAUGUCCUAUUAUGUUCAUCGUUUAUACUUCUAAUAUUUCUAGAGUAUUUAUUAUGGAUAUGUUUUAAACAAGUCGGCAACAACACAUAAUCAAACCAUCCCCUAUUGUUCUCUAUUUUUUUUUUGAAAAUUGGUUUUUUUUUCGUAAAUUUUAUAUAAAUAUUUUGGUUUUCUGUUUUUGGCUUCAAGUCCAUUAUUUUCCUCCAAAUUUCAAGAAAACGCAUUAACAAAGAUGAACAAAGAAUAAACUAUUAUUUUUUCCUUAAAUUGCGUAAGAAAUAACUUAGACCUCUUAUUUAUACAAAUUUGAAAGUUGCAAUAAAAUUUGUUGAUAUGAAUUGAAAUGAAAUGAAUGAAAUAUUUAUAUCUCCAUUCAAUCGUGUGACUUUUGUAGUCCACUUUGUAUUUUUUUUCUUAGAGUUUAAGUCUACCAGUGCCUCAGUCACCAGAAAAGGGCAGCUUUAAUUUUUCCAUUCUAGGAAAUAUAAAGUGAUAAUUGUUGACAAUAUUUUCGGAAUUUAAAAAACGUACAAAUUUAAGGUAUAUGACUGGAAUGUCUCAAAUUGUUAUCACUGAUUUUGUACAGUAGUUUGUGGACGGGUUUUUAUAGAAGUGUUCAUUGUUAUGUACAAGACAGAAUAUAAGUUCAAAGAAUCAAAAAUAUAGUAAUUAAAUUUCGUAUUCUGAUUGCCGAAAUUGAUUCAUGUUACAUAAUCUAGUGUUUUGAUCACUUAUAGCAUUCGUUUCAUAACAAACACGUUACUUUUUGAACAAUAAUUAAUGUUACAACUAUUCUAACCUAACAUAACCAAAAAAUUAUAUAUUAUAGGUUUAUUCUUCAUUCUUGACCUAUUGGAGUUUUCAAAAUUUGUAGCAUUCUUUGAGAGUUUAAUAGUUGUUAUUCUAGCCUAUUUUUGCUCCUAAGAGUAAGUUUUUUUUUCCAUCGUCCUAAUGUAUCUAGUUCAUGAUUCCUAAUAUAGUCUUUAUUAUUAUUUUGUGAUGAUCGACGUUGCCAAACCAAAUAAAUACGAAAAUAUCCACAGGCUGAGUUUUUGUGAAAAAGACGUUGAACAAACACGGUUUAUGAACCAUGAAUCAAUCUCAAAAGAAUAUUUAACCGAAACAAAUAUAUCAUAACGAACAAUCAACGUCCACGAACUGGCUUGGGGCUUUAAAAUGUGUAAAAAUAAAACCACAUUCCAAUAAUUGUGGCUAUUGCCUUAGUUUUAACUUUUAUAAAUGUAAAACAAAUAAAGUAGCUGAAUUUUCCAGCUCCACUUCUGUGAUCUCUAAAAGAAAAAAAUUGACUCAAAUUGUGUGAUCAUAAUAGGUAUAUAUAUUUAUAUACUUGCAUAUUAUAUAUACAUUUGAAAAAUUAUACGUACAGGGUGGAAAAUAUAUAAAUCAUUGUAAAACUAUUUUCUAUACCUAGAGUUGUGUUGACAAAUUUUAAAGUAUCCAUUUUGGAUUUAUCUAAAUUUGUAAGGAGGUUUUGAAACAAACACUUCUAGAGUACUCUUUUUUGUUAUACUACCUUGUAUAUUUGUAUAUAUUUUACAAUUACAAAUGAAGAUAUAUAGUUUACUUUCGAUUUCUAAUUGUUAAUGAUUUUGAAAAAUAAAAUGAUACUCGUA